UAGCUCUGUCCUCUCGGUGCGGAAGUGUUGUCUUGCAGAGCAGCAGCAGAAGCAAAGCUGCAAACUGUUUGGAUAAACGUCUCGGUGGGUCACAUGCAGCUUCUCUGGCCUCCCCACCUUCACCGCCGGGGCUGGCACUGCUCACUUUGACCGUGUGCCGCAUUAGUAUUAUGCAGGUACCGACCGACGGAGUGUGGUGAGAGCUGCUUCAUGCUGAGAGCUAGAGCUAAGUUAGCAUCUGAAGAUGGAGCUGCUUAGCCUGCCAGCAAGCUCUUAGCUUCUUAUGUUUAUUUUUUUCUCUAAAACAGCGAGAAACCUUGAGUCAAACUGGACCCAAAUCUGCAGAUAGUUCAGGAGUUUCCUUGAAUCAUCUAUAUGGGCCAUCUUCUCUCAAAAAAUCGUCUACGCCUGAAGAAGAGGACACGCAAGUUACAUCACAGGAAGAAGAAGAGGAACUGUUUCCUUCAGGGACCGUGCAUGCUCUGCUUCAUCGUCCACAACAACAACAGCAGCAGUCUCGACGACGACAGCGAUCAACUGGACGGCGGCGUGAUCGGGUGCCAGCGCAACAGCAUCACUGGAAUCAGCGUGCCGGGGGUAGGCGAAGUCGGCAUCGGAGCGGGAGCUGCCUCCAAGCUGGCCGAACGAUACGCAGCUCUCGCGUCACCUGAGGACUGUUCAAAGUUUCUGUUGUCACAGAGAGAGAUUUCUAUCUGGGAGGGCCAAGGGAGGAGUCUUUUAUCAGCUGUUCCCGCCAAACUGAUCCCACCACCGGUGCUUUUCCGGGCCGCUGGCGUGUCAGUGACCGUGCCCAUACCUGUGCCUGGCUGCACCAGCGAAUACACAGAGAUGGUGUGCAAGAGGAAGUGCUCACAGGUGCAAAGGUGUACCCCGUGCAAGCAGCCGCGCUGCACCUUUGCCGCUCCUGACGGAAGGCUAGAGAACGGGGCAGCGGGAGGAGGUGGAGAUGCUUUAAACUCUGAAACCGGUCACAGCCACCUUCCCAUCUGCCCCAUCCCCUCUUCCUCUUCCACCUCUGCUUCCUCUUCCUCCCCCCCAGCCGAUGGCUGCUGUGGUUUGACUCUUUACGCCGAAUCGUCCAACAGUUCAGACUCUGCCUCAUGCUGCAUGCAUCAUUAUGACGACUGUCAAGCGAGAGAUUCUGAUGGCGCCGAGCAGCUGAGCAUCAAUCAACUGCCUUCCUCCAUCCUUCUUAAGGUGCUGUCCCUCUUGACAGUAAAGGAACGCUGUCUUUGUGCCUCUCUGGUUUGUAAAUAUUGGAGAGAUCUCUGCUUGGACUUUCAAUUCUGGAAGCGAAUUGACCUCAGCGGCUUGCAAGAAGUCAACGACGAUCUCCUUGUGAAAAUAGCUUCUCGCAAGCAGAAUGUGAGAGAGAUUAACAUCUCGGAUUGCAGGGGCAUCCAUGACUAUGGAGUGUCCUCUCUGGCUUCCCACUGUCCGGGCCUGCAGAAGUACACGGCUUACAGGUGCAAGCAGCUGGGUGAUAUCUCAGUGACCGCUUUAGCGACACACUGCCCUCUCCUGGUCAAGGUGCAUGUGGGAAACCAGGACAGACUCACUGAUGCACCAUUGAUAAAGUUGGGAGCAAACUGCAAGGAGUUAAAAGAUAUUCACCUGGGUCAGUGCUAUGGGAUCAGUGAUGAAGGCAUGAUAGCGUUGGCUCAAGGAUGUCCCAAACUGCAGAGACUCUACCUGCAAGAGAACAAAAAGGUCACCGAUCAGUCUGUGCGGGCCGUAGCAGAGCACUGUCCUGAGCUGCAGUUUGUGGGCUUCAUGGGAUGCCCCGUGACCUCUAAGGGUGUGAUCCAUCUCACCGCGCUGCAAAACCUGAGUGUCCUGGAUCUGCGGCACAUCUCGGAACUGAACAACGAAACAGUGAUGGAAGUUGUGAGGAAAUGUCGGAAGCUCAGCUCCCUAAACCUGUGCCUCAACUGGAGCAUCAAUGACAGGUGUGUGGAAAUCAUUGCCAAGGAAGGAAGGAGCCUCAAGGAGCUCUAUCUGGUGUCUUGUAAAAUCACAGACCACGCUUUGAUAGCCAUAGGUCAGUACAGUAGCACCAUAGAGACCGUGGAUGCUGGCUGGUGCAAAGACAUCACAGACAAAGGAGCCACACAGAUCGCUAAAAGCAGCCGGUCCCUCCGAUACCUGGGCCUCAUGAGGUGUGACAAGGUGAACGAGGAGACGGUGGAGAGGCUGGUGAUCCAGUACCCACACAUCGUGUUCAGCACAGUGAUGCAGGACUGCAAGAGAACCCUGGAGAGAGCUUAUCAAAUGGGUUGGAGCCCCAACACGUCUAACUCUUCAUAGCUACUCCUGCAUUGCACACACACACACACACAAACACACAAUUUUACAGUACAUGACCACGUCCACUUCAGUGCAGAUCAUUCAUCUGGAUUUCUCUUUCAACCUUCAGUCUUGAAUGUUAAACAUGUAGUGACACACUUACAGGCAAAACAAAUAAAAUAAAUCUGGUAAUCAGAGAUGUUUAAGGUCAAUCCAUGUUAGUUUGUUAUAUUCAUAGGGAAGAAGACUUAAUACUUCUACCACAUUUUGGUUGUAAUGCAAAACUACUUUUACAAACAUAAUUUUCUGUAUUCCUGCCUCAGGGUGGGACUAUAAAAUGUCAUUGUUAGUUUGGUAGAUAAAGGUGCAAGCAGUUUGAGUAGGUGUUACAAUAGAUAUCUGUAAAAUAAAUGAACUAAAGAAGAGUUCUUACAUCAAAGUUAUUUAGCCAUAGUUAGACCAGAGUAGUUUUAUUUGAAGAUUGGACAAUAACUGUUUGUUUCCUUAGAUGAAACCCUUGUAUUAAAACUCUUCUCCAUGUCAGCCCAUCAAGAGUUUUUAUUUUACCAAACCACUUCACCCAGCUGCUGAGGGAGGAAGCAGAGAACAUGAACAUAUCACAUUUCCCAUCUGACCACUUAGGCCCAGGGGUCAGACUGAACUGCCAUGGCUCUGGACCUAACUUGAGGCGUUUUAAAGAAAAUGGUCAGAUGAGGCAUUUUCUUCCAUUUGGACAAUAGUUUUCCUCUCUCUGGGCAUUGGCGGAUUUAACCUUUUCGUGGAUUUUUUUGGGACCAUUGACAAGCCACUGUGUGAGAAACACAGGACUUGGUCAAAUGCUCGGCCCAGAAAUUCUAAUCGUCAAGCCAAGAAGAGUGCAUGUUUCUGUGGGUUUUUUUGUUUUGAUUUCUGUUUCAGAGUGUUAACAAUGUGAAGGGAAAACAGAUCUGUACGACCUUGGGCUCUCCUGCAUAUUUGCAGGGCAAAGAUGAAUUAUGACUGAGCAUCACAUAAUCUGUUUGGUAUGAAAAUUAGGAUUGUCAGAAACAGUGGUUGCCUUUUUUAACUAAAAGGGAAAAAAAAGACAUUGGAUAAUGUUUUCAUAACAUAACCUGCAGUAAAA